UGCAGCCCACACAGGGCUGCUGGGAAACUCCUGUGUUCUACAUCUGUUUCUCAGAAUGCAGGCAAAGCAGCGCUCCUGGCACGAGCUCCUUUGUGGCAGUGGGGCGUGUAUCCGGGUGUAUGUGGGGGUUGCGGGGCUCCGACCUCUGAAGGACUGAAGCACCGAGAAGGAGGCCCUUUCUGGUCCACCUCACUCGGUGGCCUGAGCCUGGCUCAUUUCCCGGACCCCCCGGCAGGGGGCAGGGCCGGAGCAGCUUGGGGUGUUGCGAGAGGGGCGGGGUAAGGCCUGUCCCCCGAGGAGGAGGCCGCUGUGGCGGAGGGGCCCGGGGCCUGCCUCACAAUUGGAGGAAAGGCUCCAGGAAGCGCUCAGACGACUUGGGAGCCAAGUCUCCAGCAGGACCCCCAGCCGGCCUGCCGGCCGACCCGCAGCACCCGGGGAAGGGGCGGCCGGGCCAGGGGGAGGCCGCAGCAUCAGGUGCAGCCCCGGCCCGCCUGCGGGGAGCCCAGGGCACCACAGGUGGCCCCGUGCUGUCCAGCCUCGCUCUGAGCUCCCCAUUCUUGCGCUUGGUGUCCAGGGGAUCUUGCACCCCCAUCUUCUGGAACCGCACUGACAGCAGCGCUCGCAAGCCUGGUGGAACAGUCAACAGGUUUGAGGUGGACUGGGCUCCCAGCAGCCCGGCUACUCUGAUGGGCGGCUGAGACUCCUACACACUCCACGCUCCAACGGUUGCUCAAGGGCAGUCAGUGGUCCUGUGGCCAUGGAAACGGCAGUGAUGGGGGUGGUGGCAGUGUUGUUCCUGGUGACCGUGGCCAUCACUUGUGUUCUUUGCUGCUUCAGCUGUGACUCGAGGAGCCGGGACCCUCAGGAACGCCCCGGCCACAGCUUCACGGUGGCCACAUUUCGCCAGGAAGCUUCCUUCUUCACAGGACCCAGUCGUCCAACUCGGCCCGUGCCAGCUGCCCGGGACUUCUGGUCUUUCAUGUAGUGCCUCAUGGCAGUGUUGGGACCUGGCUGGACAGCCAGGGGAGGGGAGACGGCAUUGACCCCUGACCUAGUAGCAGGAUCUGUCGCCUGGAAGGGGUGGAGGGGUGAUCAGCCACCAUGUGGGACGCGUGGUGGGGCCGGCUUUGUAGAUUGCUGCAUGUAACGCUUGCUGGAACUGAGUGGCAAGCCGUGUGCCAGGGAAAGGAUUUGUAUUGCCCCAGCAGAUGCGGCACCCUCCAGUGGAUGCCGGAAGGAAGCACCUCCCCUGAUGGAACAUGAUUGCACAGAAUUCUUUUCCCCUCCUGGCCUGUGCGAGAUAGUCCCGUAGUUAUGAAGCCACACAGCUGCUUUCUGGGAGUAAGUGGUCUAGUGGACACUUGAGAAAGUAUGGCCUUUUAUGGGUCUUUCCAAGUCGUGCUUGGGAAAACCACAAAAGGAAAAAGAGACACACGAGUCGCAGAAAGUCCAAGAUGUCUUAUUCACAGGAAAGCCAGAAAGCUGAUUUUUCAGCCAAUUCUGGGCCAGUCUUCAUUACUGCUUUCUAACAGGUCGCAUGGGGA